ACGUAAAACGUUCUUAACUUUGACUUGACUAACUGAAGUUAUUUUUUUUCAUUGGGUACCUACCCCGCCCACAUUGGUUAAAUUAUAGUAUUAUAUACUAAUAUUACUUUAGUAGUACAUCGUGAUUUUUAUUUUUAUUUUUUGCCAACUACGGAUGGCGAAGUUAUAUUAUCAUAUUGGCAGGUACAUACGAUGAUGAUAACGUAUUAAAUUAAAUAGGUACAAUAUAAUUUAGGCGCGCUUUAGGCUGAUAUGUGUACGGCCCGGACGUAUGUAAAUUAACAACCACGCUAAAUGUGAAUCAAGUUAAUCGCGUGCAUUGCUGGUAAUGAUAUAUCUCUUAAAAGUUCGAAGUCCGUAUGACCCUAUAAUAAUAUAAUAAUUGCUACCACUGCCAAUCGUCCACUGCUCAAUGCUCAUAAUAUAGUAGCUAUAUGUACAGCAUACGCCAUACGCUGUUAUUCAUUUUCGACCGCUGCACUCGCUGCAGUUAUCCAGUUGUUGAAUUUAUAACUUCGCUUCGUCGUUUGUUUCUCUAUAACACAAAUAAGGGUAACAGAAUGAGCAAUAUCAAAGAUCACAAUGAGAAAAUUACUGCGGAUAAAAUCACUUCGCCCGAGAAUAGUAACUGCAAUAUAAACACUAAAAGUAUAAUUAGUAUAGACAAAUAUGCAACUGAUGAUGAUGGUCAAAAUAAAUUAAUUGGAAACAAUAGGAAAACAGAGGAUAUAAUUAUAGACGUCGAGGUUGAAAAAUAUUCGGUUUCGAGUCUUUUAUGGAAAGAUUUAUAUCCUCAAGUAUUGGCUAGUUGUAUAUCUUUGUCAAUGGUGAUUCAACCGGGAAUACAUUUAGCUUAUUCAAAUAAUAUGUUGCAUCAUAUGCCGUCAAUAAAUAAAGAUCAAUUGUCAUGGAUAGCAAGUAUUUCGGUAUUGUGCACACCCGUUGGAGCGUUCCUCGUCGGUUUGGUGAUGGAUAGAAUUGGUCGGAAAAAGGCUUGUCUCUUGACUUGCUUACCUUUACUCGCGUCAUGGAUAUUAGUGACUAUUUCAAGUUCUGAUAACAUCUACACGUUUUAUGCAUUUAGGCUGUUGGCUGGGAUCGGAGCAGGAAUGACUACGGUGGGCAUAGUGUACGUGUCGGAAAUCAGUCACUCGUCGUAUAAGCAGAUACUGUUGUCUCUGAACAGCGUUUUCUUUUCUGGUGGCAUACUACUCUCCACCUGUUUGGUGGACCUAGACUGGAAAGUCAUAAACUUCUCGUUCGUCGUCUUCACGGUCGUCAAUAUGUUGCUCAUAAUAAUUUACUUGCCGGAGAGUCCGAUAUGGAUACUGAAGUUUAAGAGUUCCGAGCACGUCGAUAAAGCCAAAAUGGCGAUGAAACAGAUUUAUCCGAACGACAAUCAGGUGUUCGAAGCCGAGUGGAGACGCCUGAAAUCCGCGACAGAAGACAUCACCGGCACGGACGUCCGGCAGCCGUCAUUCAUCGAGUCCGUCCUGUCCAGUCCUGCGGCGUACAAGCCGAUGGUCAUAUUGGCGCUGCUGCUGCUCCUCCAGCAACUGACCGGCGCCUACCAGACCAUAUCGUACGCACUGCCCAUACUCAAGUCGGUGAUGCCCGCCACCUACCCGCCGGCCAGUGAUAUCCAGUCAUUGGCCGCGCUGGGUGCCGUCAGGUUCACGUCUGGCCUGCUAGCGUGCGUGCUGUCGUUGCGCGUGGGCCGGAAACCUCUGCUGGUGUUCUCGUGCGUGGCCAUGGCGCUGUCGUCCAUCCUGGUGGCAGUUACGCACAGUAACCGUGACGCUACUGCCGUCCCGUGGCCCUUGUGCGGCGUCAUGCUGUACGUGUUCAGCAGUUCGGUCGGCGUGCUCGUGUUCCCGUGGACGAUGAUAUGUGAAUUGUUAUCCACACCCGUUCGGGCGGUCGGUGGCUGCUUGCUGGUGUCAUACGCUUACCUGAUUAUGUUCGCCGUUCUCAAGGCGUUUCCUUACAUGAUGGCCGUCGUUUCAGUGCCACACGUGUUCCUCAUGUUCAGCGUUGUGUCCUUGUCGAUGGCCGUAUACGUGUAUUUUGUCCUGCCCGAGACGUUGGGCAAGAGCUUCCGAGAAAUAGAGGAUUAUUUCACGCGAUCGAAUAAACCAUCAUAAAGCUCGUUCGCUGAUAACACAAUAGUGCCCCUCCCCCCGUUUGGUGAAAAUUUGCAACCGCUCCACUCCUCAUCAUUAAUAAAUGGGUGAAAUUUUGAGGCGCAAACCCACCCGUAUAAUCAGAAAAAGUGGCUCUAUAUAACACUUUAUAGUCUAUACCUACAUAUUAUAUAUAUAUUAUAUAAUAUUAUAAUUAUUAUAAUUUAUGUAAUUAUCCCUCAAACUUAUAAUUUUCUAAUCACGUCAAACACUCAAACCUCUCCCGCUCUCAUCUCCACUAAUAAAAUAUUAUGUAUACAUAGAUUAAAAUAUUUUCGUAGGUAUGUACUAAUCUAAUGUUAAUCAAUACGAACAUUCUUAAUUCUAAGUGUUAACUUGUUUGUUGUUAUUGUAUACGACGUAAUUUUUAUAAUAAUAUAAGCAUACAUUGUAUGUAAUAUAAUAUGUUUUAUGAAUGGUAAAUCCUCGUUUCAAGUGUAGGUGCGCUGAAUAUUCACUAAUAUUUAUGAUUAAUAAUAAACUGUUUACAUACAAAUUAUUGUGCUCUGGUAACUGGUACAAUUUAUUCGUUAUAUAAUAUAACUAGGUAUUCUAAUUUCGAGUUCAAUUUACGCGUAGAUACAUAUAUUAGAUUAUAAUUAUUAGUAUAAUAAUGGGUAGGUAACUAAUAAUCCUGUUCAUCGCGAUUUUCAUUACCUGUAUAGUGUUUCAACUCUGUUGAUUUUAUAAAAAAAAUAUUAUUUAGUGAUAUUUUUGGCCUAAGCUAGGUACUUUGAAGUACCUACUACCUACCCGCAUUUUUUAAAUCUCUAUUAUGAUAUUCAAUUUAUUUAUUUUGCACACAUAUAUUACCUAUAUAGUAGGUACAGUUGUGUAACCAGAUUUUUUUUAGGGAGGUGUUUUAUUUUUAUAUUUAAAAUAUAUAACAUGUGGGGAGCUUACAUACCCUCUGUAAUCAUUGAUCUUCCAAUUAAUAAUAUCAUUAAUAUGAAAUAGACCAAUUUAAACUCUUAAUAUUUUGUAUAAAUUUAGUAUGUUUAAGACCAAUCAAAAUGAAGUCAAUUUUUUUUUAGAUUUAAUUUUAUGCAUUGAUUAUAAUGUUUUUUGGAAUUAAUCAAUGUUUGUUAAAAAAAUUCAUUAUUUCAUUAAACAAUAAAAUUAAGUAUCCGGAUAAUUUAAAAUGUCCAAUAUAUGCAUUAAAGUAUUUAACUAUACGCAUAAAAAACUACCAAAAGGAAAUAUUAAGAAACGCAAUAUAUAAGUUAUUUAGUUACCGAUUCCAUCUUACACUCAUAGACGCAAUUUCAACUUUUGGCUUGGGGGGGCUGAAUAUAUUAAAGGCAAGCAGACUAUUGCAAUAUAGCAGGGAUGGGCAACUCAAAGUAAUUAGCGGGCCAUUUUUAAAAAUCUAGCGGGCCGCAGUGCAUAGGAGAAAGCAAAAAAAAAGGUCCUUCUAAUUUACUAAAAUUUAUUUUUUACGCUUUUUAGCGGACAUUUUUAUAAUAAUUACUACAAAACACGAAAACACAAAAUUUGAAAACGUAGCACGGGCCAGAUAAAAAAGGUACGUGGGCCGCCAGUUGCCCAUCCCUGCAAUAUAGCAUAUUAAAAUUGUAUGUCCUGGGGGGGGGGGGGAUACGGCUAAG